GCUCGUGGGGGAGGCGGAGUCUCGGUAGUCCUGGCAGGGCCGCCAUUUUUGCAAAGGGAAAAGAGACUGGUCUGAGGGGAUCUAAUUUCUAAAAGUCGCCGUUGACUAAGGCACAGUUUAAACGGUUUCGAGUUGAUUUCUAUCCCAAAUUUGGGUCCCCGCGUAGAACAAGAGACAAGGGAUUUUCAAAGGAAAGGACUCUUUAGAGGACACGUUUAAAUACAAACAUUUUAAAGCUUUGCUAGGGAUCCGCAGUGUGUGGACAGAAGUAUUGUUUUGGUUGUGGAAGCUGUGUGGAAAGCGACGGGGGUCUUACCCAGGUCCCCUUAUUCGCUAUUCAGAUCCUCCAGAGUGGACAUAAAACGGCCUUGUGGAUGCACUUAGAUGUCUGCAAUGACUGCUGUGGCUGGCAUGCCUCAGUGUUUUGGACUCCCAUUCUCUGGACUCAGUAGGACAAGAGCUGAUCAGCAGAGAACGUCAUGAGCAUAGUCAUCCCAGUAGGGGUGGACACAGCAGACACCUCAUACCUGGACAUGGCUGCGGGCUCAGAACCAGAAUCGGUGGAGGCCAGCCCUGUGGUGUUGGAAAAGUCCAGCUUCCCACACCAAAUCUACAGCAGCAGUUCACACCAUUCCCACAGUUACAUUGGCCUACCUUACGCUGACCAUAACUAUGGGGCGCGGCCCCCACCUACGCCACCGGCCUCCCCUCCCCCCUCCAUGUUGAUCCGACAAGGAGAGGGAGGGUUGUUUGUUCCAGGGGGCCAGGACGAAGCAUCCAGGGGCACCACGCUCAGCACCUCCGAGGAUGGCAGCUACGGGGCUGACAUAACCCGCUGCAUCUGUGGCUUCACCCACGAUGACGGCUACAUGAUCUGCUGUGACAAGUGCAGUGCCUGGCAGCAUAUAGACUGCAUGGGCAUCGACAGGCAGAACAUUCCUGAGACCUACCUGUGUGAACGCUGCCAACCACGACACCUGGAUCGAGAGAGGGCCAUCCUGCUGCAGACCAGGAAACGAGAAUGUUUGUCUGAUGGGGACACCAGUGCUACAGAGAGUGGAGAUGAGGUGCCGCUAGAGCUGUACUCCACCUUUCAACACACGCCUACCACCAUCACCCUGACUACUGGGCGCCUUGGCAAUAAACAGGCUGAUAAAAAACGUAAAAAGAGUGGUGAAAAGGAGCCUCCGGCAUCCUCUGCCCGAGCUAAGAAGGCCUUCCGGGAAGGGUCCAGAAAGUCCUCCAGAGUAAAGGGUGCAGCUCCAGAGCAGGAGCCAACAGAGCACCCGUCUCUGUGGGAGAACAAGAUCAAGACGUGGAUGGAGCGUUACGAGGAGGCGAGCAGCAAUCAGUACAGUGAGGACGUCCAGGUCCUGUUGCGUGUUAAAGAGCAAGGUGACGGCAAGAGCCUGGCGUACAACACGCAUCCAGCCUCUUUCAAACCGCCUGUGGAGAGUCAAGUUCAGAAGAACAAGAAGAUCCUCAAGGCGGUGCGAGACUUGGCCCCAGACUCCCUCAUCAUUGAGUACAGGGGAAAGUUCAUGCUUCGACAGCAGUUUGAGGCCAAUGGAUACUUCUUCAAGAGGCCAUACCCGUUUGUGUUAUUUUAUUCUAAAUUUGAUGGACUGGAGAUGUGUGUGGACGCUCGCAGCUUUGGCAACGAAGCGCGAUUCAUCCGUCGCUCCUGCACCCCCAAUUCUGAGGUGCGGCACGUCAUUGAAGAUGGCAUGUUACAUUUAUACAUCUAUUCACUGAGGCCUAUCACCAAAGGCACAGAGAUCACCAUUGGCUUUGAUUUUGACUAUGGCAGCUGUAAAUACAAGGUGGACUGUGCCUGUGUGAGGGGGAACCAGGAGUGUCCGGUGCUCAAGCACAACCUGGAGCCCACAGAGAACCUGGGCUCUGGAGGCCGGCGCCGGGGGAGUCGCAAGGACAAAGAGACGGUGCGGGAUGACCAGGGCCAGAACCAGAACAUGGGUUUGGAUGGCGAGGGGAAGGGAAAGAGUGUAGGCGACAGCAAGCAGAGAAAACUUUCUCCUCUCCGGCUCUCCAUCUCAAACAACCAGGAUCCUGAGUUAUAUGAGGAUCUAGAAGACAAAACCUCCGUUAGCAAUGAAGUAGAGAUGGAGUCAGAGGAGCAGAUUGCAGAGAGGAGGAGGAAGAUGGCCAACCCAGCGGAGCAGUCCCAUCUCCCUGUCGGGGCGGCUUCCAGCUGGAAGGGACUGAAACACAAGGAGACACGAGAAGAGAGGAAGAUGGAGGCCAUCCUGCAAGCCUUUGCCCGCAUGGAGAAGAGGGAGAAACGAAGGGAGCAGGCCCUGGAGCGAAUCGGCAGCGUCAAGUCAGAGGUUGGGGGCCGUAGUGACAUCAAGGAAGAGCCUCCAGCCACACCAGAGACAGCAGAUUCCCCAGCUGUCAUGCAGCCACUUCUGGAGGUGAAAGAGGAGCCAGGACUGAAGCCAGCAAAGGUCAAAGGCUCGAGAAACAGGAAGAGUUUCUCAAGAAACCGCACACACAUCGGCCAACAGCGCCGGCGAGCUCGCACCAUCAGCGCCUGUUCUGACUUGCCCCCGGGCUCUCCAGCUGAGUCUGUGGAGCCCCUGACCAACGAAGUCCCUGAAGGAGAAACCCCCACUGCACCAGAACCGGAGGCUAUCUCUACCCAAGCACCGGACACCAGCCCUCCACACAGCAGCUCACCUGCACCUGACAGGAACCGCACCGGGAGCAAGAACUUCAAAACUAAAAAGCACUUUGUCAGUGAGUGGGUGGGAGAGAAGCAGCAGGACCGUUGUGCAGUGCGAACCCCAGAGCCAGCCCCAGAGAGACCACUGAGAAUAAGCAGUGACCCUGAAGUACUUGCCACACAGCUGAAUGCCCUACCAGGUAUGGCCUGCUCGCCACAGGUCUACAGCACGCCCAAACACUACGUCCGCUUCUCGUCGCCAUUCCUGGCAAACCGCAGCCCCACCACUCCUGGAGUUCCCACAGGGAGACGGCGAUCCAGAGAACUGCCAGAAACGCCGCCAACCACGGGCUCCUGCAAGAAGCGGUGGUUGAAGCAGGCUCUAGAGGAGGAGGGCUCCACCAGCCCAGCCAGACGACCGAGCCUCCUCAUGCCCAGUGAGGGUCCCCUCAGCCCCUCCAUUAACGGAGACUCUGACAGCCCUCUACCCUACAAUGGCACCUGCACGCUACCAGAGUUGCCCACACCUUUGAAAAAGCGGCGGUUGAGUCCUUUAGAUGCCUGUAUGUCCGAGAGCUCGACGCCCUACGGCUCCCCUUGUGCCACGCCCACCAGGGCAGACCAAUCGGAGACACCCGCGACACCCGUCUUACUGGCUACCCCACCACGUCCCCGAACAGAGGAGCCAAGUACAGAGCCCUUGCCCAGCACCCCAACACAGUCACUUAGUGCCCCUCAGGAGAGCGAUUCUUCAGUGGAGAGCUCACCAGAGGUCAGCCGGAAACCCAGUGUGCAAGAGGCCGAUCGCCCCCCUUCGUUGGUCUCCUCUCCGUGCAUCAGGGCUCCCAGCUCAGACGGACUCCCAACAGAAGCCAAGGUGUCAGUUCCAGAGAGUCCACAGCCUCCAGCUGCGGAGUCUGUGGACUGCGGAGAGGACAGGGCCGACAGUGGGGUAGUAGAAGGCAGUAACGAGGCUUCCUCGUCUGCAGAAACAUGUGCUUCCUCUUUUCCCGGCUGGAUAAAAAGCCCAGAGAGAGGCCCGACUGGACCAGCUGGCCUGAACUUCUCCCCAGUCAACUCAAACUUAAGGGACCUUACCCCCUCACACACCCUGGAGCCUCUGGCAGCUCCUUUCAGGCCUGAGGCUGCAGCUGGGACUGCAGCAGGGCCCGCAGCAGGGACGGUGCCAUUGGUUGGCUCUCAGGCCCCCUUCAGUGAAGGCCAGGGGCAGCUCUUUUACCCCUGCUCCGAGGAGGGAAGCUCACUCGGCUUCUCGCGCUCACUGAACGGGGAUGGUACCGGCGAAGUAGGAGGGUCAUCGCAGAACCCUCCACAGAAGAAAAAGGUUUCCCUGCUGGAGUACAGAAAACGCCAACGAGAAGCUCGCCGCAGCGGCUCCAAGACUGAGUGCAGCUCUCCUGUUUCCACCGUGCCACCUCUGACCGUCGACGCCUUUCCCGUCUCUCUAGAGACCACCAGUGAGCCUCCUCAACCCCCUGCUCCCACAGCUCUCUUCAACACCGCCACCACCACCACCAUCGCUGCCACCACCAUCACUGUAAAGGACCCUCAAACAAAUGAAGAGGCAGAGAGUGCUGGAGAGAAAGGAGAGAAGGAAGGAGGAGAAGGACAGUGGUAUGUUCUCUCAAAAAUACAGACGUCGUCGACUUCUGUGGAGCAGGCCCGAGAGCGGAGCUACCACAGAGCUCUGCUGCUCAGCAAAGAUAAAGACACAGAUGGUGAGACCGAGGGUGGCGAUACACCUGCACUGAGAGACUGUCCAUCGCCAAGUCUUCAGAAGACCCCGACCCACGCACCUUGCUCUCCAGGUGGUCUUGCCCAGCCUCCCAGUCGGUCAGCGAAGGAGGAAGACAGCGAUGGUCAACCUCGGACACCAAAUCCGACAAGCCAGCCACCGAGCAAGCCUGCUGGACCUAAGCCGGCUCCUCUGACCCCCACGAAGUUGCAUCCUACCCCGUUACCUUCCUCCCCGGUCCACUACCCUGGAUCCUCCCUCCUCCACUCUCCCAAGCCUCAGCCUCAGGGCUCGCCCUACCGCAGCCAGAGGGCGCUGUUCUCCCCUCAGCCUCAAAACCAGCCCCAGCCCCAGGCUCAGACUGGCCCUGCUCCGUUCCCCCAGUACAGCUCACAGAGUGCUCCACCACCACCUCCCCCUCCUCCACCAGCACCACCGGCCUCCACAGCGUACUUUCCCAGCCAGAGCGCCUCACCUGCUGGACCCUUCCCUGGGUUUAAACCUGCCGUCACAUCCCCGUACCCUCCUGGUUCUCAGCCCCUGAUGCAGACACUUCCCCACAGCGUGCACUAUCAGAGCUCAGCUGCUCCACCACCUCCGCCUCCCCCACCUCCGCACCCAAUGCCUGGCCCCGCCCUGCUGCACGUCAACCUGCAACCUCCUCCCAUCCAACAGCACCAACUAAUGCUGACCACCGCUCCUCCUCCUCCUCCUCCCCCACAGGGCCAGACCUCCCAACAGCAGCAGCAGCCACCUCCUACCGGCGGCACACUGCUAUCGCUCACCCCUCCUCCGCCUCCUCCCCCACCUCCCCCAGCCCCAUCGACCAACCCGCCGAUGCAGCCCCACCACUUUCAGAACUUAGGGGGGUUUCAGCCGGCAAUGCUGCACCCAGGCACCGCCACCAAUCCUUCAGUGCCCCAAUCUACGUACCCGCCACCCCUUCAGCAGACCGGACUGCCUCCACCUCCCCCUCCUCCUCCCCAACAGACUCAACAAGGCCAGGCCCAGGCCGCUGCCUCCCAGAUGCCUUCUGGGACUCGUGGAGCUCCUGCGUCCUCGACCCCCUUCCACAGCUCGGGGUACCUGAGCACAGGGUGGCACUGACCGCCCUCUCUGCUGUCGGCCCCCAGCAGCCCCUGAGAACUCAGCCUGAGAGGGGCGUGUACCAUAAGCUGUAGAUAUGUUUUCUAUGUACCUGAACACAUGGCCAGUGGAAAAACAGCAGAUUGUGGGAUAAAAGGGUACUUUUUAAAAAAAAAUAAACAAGGACAGAAAAUUUUAGAAAAAAGGACAGUGAACUAAUCUUCAAGACAAACUGUAUAAAAAUGAAGAUGGACGAUCCCCCCGGUGCUCAUAGCCCUCUCUCUCUCUGGCCUCUUUUUGUUUUUAUAUAACCUUCUUGUGAUGGAGAGGAAAGCUCUCUGUUCUGUGUCUUGUUUGGACUCCCAUUGUAAGGCCCCGCACUUUGUUUAUCAAUUGACAUUCCAGCCUACAUACACCCCCCCACCCCCACCCCCACCCCCACCCCCACCCCCUUUCCUCCUUCCUCCUCCUCUUCCUCCUUUGUCAGUUAUUCCUUUCACUUCCUCUUCUCUCUCGUCGGUUGUCGGCUCUCUACACCAUUUAUUUGUUUUAACCUAGUUGCUCAUUAUAGCAAAGAGAAAGCUUUUUGUAUAGAGAAAAAAAACACAAUUAUUUUUUUUAUUCCUCUGUCUAACAACAAAUAUCUGUUCACCGCUGCAGAUUCAGAAAAGACCCAUUUCUGGGAGCCUGCCUCACUGGAGGCUGCACUCGUGUGUGUGUGUGUGUGUGUGUGUGUGUGUGUGUGCGUGCGUGUGUGUUUGUAUGUGUGUUUGUGUGUUUGUAUGUAUGUAUGUAUGUGCGUGCGCUUGUGUAUGUGUGUAGAGGUGUAUGGCUGCUUAGAGGAGGAAAGUGUGUGUGAGAGAUUUCGUGUAACGAGUGCUUGUUGUCUUCUGAGGUAGGCAGAGUGGUCUCGCCCACAGUUAGGACGUUAGCGGUUUAUUUUUGAAUAUCAAUGGUUAUUUGUAGAAAGUGUAAUUUAAUGUAUAGGUGGUUACUCCAGCUUUCACCAGGAACAGGUUGUAAAUAUUUGCUUCUUUUCUUUUCUAUGCUUGUACACUUCGCUCCCAUCCCAUUUUGAACUAUGGUUGUAAAUAUGAACGCUCUUCUUGGCAAAGCUGAAUGUUUCUGUGACUGUAGCAUUAUUUUUAUUUUAUUUUUUUCCCUCUCUGGACUCUUCAACUUUGUCUUUUUUAUUAUUUGUGUGUGUGAGUGUAUGUUUGUGUGGAGGGGAGAGACUCACAGACACUGCACUGGUUGGCUAUUUUCAUGGUUCAUUAUAAUAAAUCACUGUAAUGACAGUUUUAUACCA